GGCGGGAGGUUAUGUUUACAGCCGUGGAAGGCUUCUGUCGGCCGGCCGUCGGCUUCUAUCAUGUCAGGACUUGCGAGGCACGACACGUACAACGUCCAAAUCAUGCAAAACUGACUCGAUCUGUGAUGUGAAACAUGUACGAUGACCUGGGUCCGGAUUUGGAGGGGUUCGACCUCAUGGACGAGGAGGACCUCUACGACCUGGGCGAGCAGGAGGAUUACAUGAAGAGUCAGACCGUCUACGACGUCUUCCGCUACUGCCUCAAGCCGACGGUGCUCGACGCCUACGCCAAUCUUCUGCACCUCUUCCUCGUCUGCCUCCUGUUCAGAACGGCGACUCAGAUAGCGAGGUUUUCAUCCACGUUCUACCACUUGGCUUCUGCGGUAUCGGGCUCUUACGUCCUUUAUGUUUUCUUCAGUGGGCAUUGCCUUCAUACCAUCGGGAUGGUCCUCGUGUGCUACCUCGCCCUGAAGAAGGUCUCGUCGUCUUUCGGAAGGUACAGGGGUUACUGCAUCGCUGCGGGGCUUUUGACGUACCUCUUCCUCGCAGAGAUGUCACUCGUCAAAUCACAAACAUGGGAGAGGAUCCGUGGUCCCCAGAUGAUGACCGCUAUCAAAAUAAUUUCGUACGCUUUUGAUCUGGAUAACGGGUGCGUGAAGAAACUUAACUUUUUAAACUACCUCGGGUAUGCGCUUUGCCCCGGUACGAGCAUAUUUGGCCCUUGGGUCUCCUAUUCGGACUACCUGGCUUGUCUGGACAACGACCAGUGGGACUUAAAGUGGAUAUACAGGAUAUUCAUGAGCUUUUUAAAAUCGCUGAUAUUCUUCACGCUCUCUGUGUGCAUUCUCGAGUGGGUCGUCCCAGACAACUCUACCCAGCCUUGGUUAAUUUAUAGGAACGCCAUGUCUUUCAGAGUCAGCCACUAUUUCGUGUCGUAUGUUUCCGAGACUUCCGCGUUGUUUUCUGGAUACGUCAAGCGCAUCGACGUGUCCAAACCGAUGAGCAUUGAGAUACCGCACUCGCUCGUCGAGGUCGUCGUCUACUGGAAUUUACCGCUUCAUAGAUGGCUUAAGACCUAUGUUUUCAAAACCACCCUCCAAGCCGGUUCGCUUGUGGCUGUGAUGUCGACGUAUCUGAUAAGCGCACUUCUCCACGGUCUCAACCUGCGUCUUGCCGCUGUAUUGCUUUCUUUGGGCGUCUACACUUACGUCGAACACUCGUUCCGUUCAGACUUGGCGUACAGAUUCAGCGCUUGCGUCAGUUCUAGGUCAUGCUCUGCACCGUGUCACAAGCACAGGAACACGACAAACAAUCUAAUUGUGCACACAGUUAACAAUUUGUUCACCGCAUUGGCCAUGUUCCAUUUGGCUUACCUUGGUGUCCUCAUCGACAUGACAAACUCGAAACAAGUGACUUUAGAAAAUGCAUUUCUCGAAUGGCACAAUGUCAACUAUAUUAGUCACAUUGUUGUUUUAGCCACAUUUAUCAUACAUAAGAUCAUGAUGAUUUUUAUGUGAUUUUCUGUGAUUUAAUUUUUUAUUGUAAUUUAAUAUUUAAAAUCAUAAAAUUGAACUUCGCCUUUGUCUAACAAAUUAUCGCUUGUACUUUCUGUUGUGCCAUAUAUUAUAUAUUUCUAAAAUAACAAAUUCAAUAACUA